CUCCACAUGAUGCUCCGGAUUAGAAAUGCUACACGAGGAUUGGGUCGUUUCUGUUCGAGAUCGUCUGCGUCAUACCUACGCUCCCGGGCGCGCUUGUUGGGUACGUAGCAUCGGCAGCACGAGCUGUCGUUAUAUGGCAUCGGGGCAGCAAGUGCGCGCUGUAGGGAUCCGUACGUCAGAGCCAAGGCGGACGUCAUCAGCGUCAUAUGCAUGUGUCCAGCAAUAGCCUGGAAGGUGCCAUUGUCCUAAUAAUUCACCCGGCCGGACCUUUUGGAAAUAGUAUGAAUCCUGAGCCGAACGGACUUGCAACUAGCACAACGUCCGUCAUCACCACCAAGUUGAAUUUGAAGGUCGUCACAUUGACUCCGCGCAUUGCCCAACAUGAGUCUCAAUACCAACCAGCUCGACCCGCGGCAGCAUCCGCUCAAGGCCACGGCGAUGGCCAUCGGCGCGGGCCUCCAGGGGGAAUACCGCGGCCCACGGGCGAGCCAUAUGCAGGGCGCCAACGAGGGCCCUGCCGACGUGAUUGCCAAGGUCUCGGGCAGCGUGCCGGGCGGCAAGCGUGAAGACGACAGCCUGUACUUCACCAACAACGAGGGCGUUCCCUUCCCCGACCCGGCGCACAGCAAGACGGUUGGCGGCAUCCCCGUUGCCAGCGACGUCUUCCUGUUCCAGAAGCAGCAGCACUUCAACAGGUCGAAGCCUCUGGAGCGCAUGGUCCACCCCUGCGGAUCUGGCGCCUUCGGCUACUUUGAAUGCACCAAGGAUGUCACAAAUCUUACUAAAGCCAACUUCCUGUCCUCGGUCGGCGAGAAGACGCCGGUCUUUGUCCGGUUCUCGACCGUGACCUUCGGCAGGGAGUUUCCGGACGAGGGCCGCAAUCCACGUGGGUUCGCCAUCAAGUUCUACACCAUGGAAGGCAACUAUGACAUUGUCGGGCUGAAUUUCCCCGUCUUCUUCUGCCGGGACCCGAUCCAGGGGCCGGACGUGAUCCGCUCGCAGUCACGCAACCCGAUCAACUUCCUGCUGGACUACGACGCGCUCUUCGACCUGCUGGCGAACACGCCCGAGUCGAACCACGCGGGGCUCAUGUUCUUCAGCGACCACGGGACGCCGGUGGGGUGGCGCUACAACCACGGCUACGGCUGCCACACGUUCAAGUGGGUCAACAAGGAGGGCCGCUUCGUGUACAUCAAGUACCACUUCGUCGCCAAGCACGGGCAGAAGCAGUUCACGGACGAGGAGGCGGUGCGCAUGUGCGGCGAGGAUCCGGACUACUCGAAGCGCGACCUCUGGGACGCCAUCGAGCGCGGCGAGGCUCUCGAGUGGACGGCGUGCGUGCAGGCCAUGCAGCCGGACCAGGCGGACCCGGACAAGCUCGGAUUCGACCCGUUCGACGUCACCAAGGUCUGGCCGCGCGACCAGUUCCCGAUGCAGGAGUUUGGCCGGCUGGUGCUCAACAAGAACCCCGAGAACUUCACGCGCGACGUGGAGCAGGCCGCCUUCUCGCCGGGCAGCAUGGUGCCGGGCAUCGAGGACUCGCCGGACCCGCUGCUGCAGUUCCGCAUGUUCUUCUACCGCGACGCGCAGUACCACCGCAUCGGCGUGAACCUGCACCAGAUCCCCGUUAACUGCCCGUUCAUGGCCAAGUCGUACGCGUCGCUGAACUUCGAUGGCCCCAUGCGCGUCGACGCGAACCACGCGGGCAACAAGCAGUACGCGCCCAACAGCUUCGCCCACAAGUUCCGCCCGGACACGGCCGAGGCGCCCUACGCGGUGCACGACAGCAUUGUCAGCCGCAAGAGCCACUACUGGCAUGAGGGCAAGAAGAACGACUACGACCAGGCCACGCAGCUGUGGACCAAGGUCAUGACGCCGCAGCAGCGCCAGAACACGUGCAGGAACACGGCCAAGUACCUGCGCUACGUCAAGUAUCCGGAGAUCCAGAAGAAGUACCUGGCCCAGCUGUACAAUAUCUCGCCCGACUACUCCGAGGGCGUGUUCGCGCUGCUGCCGGAGCCCAAGUUCGACAUGAAGGAGGUCCAGGAGCUCGCCAAGGACGCGCACAUGUGGUACCGCAACAAGGCGUUCCUGCCUUCGGACGGCGAGAAGCUGGUGGGAUACGCGCCGCCGAUGCCUGUUUAUGGCGCCUAGUGUUAUGUAGGUAGAACCACACGGUACUCGGCAUGCGCCGAGUAUGUCACUGUAAGUGGAACAGGAACUAAGCCUCAUUAUGUCUUGUCCAAUGUGCAAACUACCUCCGGGUGGUUGUGGAUAUAGCUUCAUUAGUACCAGGUAGCAGAAUGAUCAUGGCGGAUACUGGCUUGAACAAUUCUUUCUCCUUGGGGUGGUUAACGAAGCAGUCUUGAGGGUAUAAACAUACAUACAUACAAAAUACAUGACGGUGCAG